AUGUCUCUACGAAUUGCACCUCCCGCCAGUCACGCUUCCCAGACCUCCAACAUCACCAGAAACGGCGCAGCCCCCCAAUUCCGUAACGGCGCCCCAUCCGCCCCCGGUGUCCCAGACACACUCCGCGCAUCCCUUACCGCACCAGCACCUACUACAUCUGGCCUCAAGGCUGCUUCCUCAACACAUCCACUUGAGGCACGGCUGCUUCAGUGGCGCGAAACCCAAAAUGCGCUGAAGAUGGAGUCCCUUCGGCGGAUAUAUGGUAUCGCGGAGCCAGUGAGACGGGGAAUGGAAAUGAAGAUGGUGAAGGAGGGACAGUGGAAGCCGGCUGCGCUGGGAAGGAGCAACGAAAGCAACAUCCACGAAGAUAUUUUAGCGUUAGGAGGGAGGGAGACGGAGAUCGGGUGGGAGGAUGUGUUCCAGGGUGAUGAUCUCCGUGAGCCACCAAGCUUCCAUGACGAAAUGGAACAGAGACUUAAGAUGAAUUGGUGA